ACAAGGCGGUCAGCCGUUGUAUAGCUGGUUGCCCGGGGAACCGGACAUCAGCGAACAACCAACCACGUUGCAGGAUUUCUUUCGUCCUGCCCAUUUCUCUUGCCAUUGGCUGACGCUUACCCAGUAGGGGUGUUUCGAGCUCUGGGGAAAUCCAAUCAACGUUUCGUUGCGCUGGUGUGUGAUUGGCCAAUUGGUGUAACAGCCGCCUGACUGGAGAGUAGUAAGAUGGCGACUGAGGAGCAACAGAGUGCUAGGCGGAGGGGCAGAUGGAAGAUUCCGGGCUGUGUGUGUCUGCUGGUGGUGUUGGUGAGCUUAGUGAGUGGCGACCAGACGGAGGAGUACCUGAAGAGAGAACACUCACUCAGCAAACCCUACCAAGGGGUGGGCUCCUCUUCUUCAUCGCUAUGGGAUUUAAUGGGCAAUGUGCUUGUUACCCCUCAGUAUGUACGUCUGACCCCAGACCAGCAAAGCAAACAGGGGGCCAUCUGGAACCGAAUGCCAUGUUAUUUGAGAGAUUGGGAACUACAAGUUCACUUCAAAAUUCAUGGCCAGGGUAAGAAGAAUCUAAAUGGUGAUGGCUUCGCUAUCUGGUACACCAAGGAUCGGAUGCAACUAGGUCCUGUGUUCGGGAGUAAAGAUAACUUUGUUGGUCUAGGUUUAUUUAUAGACACCUACCCAAAUGAGGAGAAACAACAUGAAAAAAGGUAUUCUCCAAGCAAUCAGCGAGUGUUUCCCUAUGUUUCGGCAAUGGUGAGCAAUGGGUCACUGGUGUAUGAUCACAGCAGAGAUGGCCGUCCUACUGAAAUCGGAGGUUGUACAGCCAUGGUGCGGAAUCUUAACCAUGACACUUUCCUGGUCAUUCGUUAUGUUAAACGCAGACUUACGGUCAUGCUAGAUAUUGAUGGAAAACAAGAAUGGAGAGAUUGCUUGGAUGUACCUGGCGUUCGUUUGCCGCGUGGAUAUUACUUUGGCACUUCUGCAGUUACUGGAGAUCUUUCAGAUAACCACGACAUCAUAUCUAUGAAAUUGUACCAGAUCACUGUGGAGCGUACCCCUGCAGAGGAGAAGAUGGACAAAGAAGUUUUCAUCCCCACUGUCGACAACCUUAAGCUACCAGGAGUUGAGGAAUCCGCGGAGUCCAUGAGCAAUUUUGCCAUUUUCCUCAUUGUGUUUUUUUCUCUGCUCGGUCUGGUCUUUGCCGGUGUCAUCUUGCUAAUUGUAUAUAACAAGUGGCAGGAAAGAAGUCGCAAGCAUUUCUACUGAGUGUGUGGCAUGAAGACUCUGAGCAUUGCUAGUACCUACAGACAGAAGUCUGUGAGUCAUUCUGUGAAUGAACCAGAUUGUUAUCCUGUAACUUGUGGCAACAAAAGUAGCCAAAUGUGCUGCCUGUAUUUCUUUUUUUCAUUUGUUUGAUACUGGUUUUAUGUUUUAUAAGCUGCUACUGAACUCAGUUUGUAUAUCCAUGCAGUUUUUACCUUUUUUGUCUACCUGUCACUCACGCACACACUGCCUAAUCGGUAAUUUUGUGACCAUCCUGAGAAGACAGCCUGUCACUUUACUGCAUACUUGUGACAUUGAUGAAAUAGAAUACGAGUGGGCAAUGGCUUAGGUACUGGUGACUGGCAGACACACCCAUCUAUGUUUUUAACGGGUUGCCUUUUUAUUAAAGUAAUAGGCUGGUAACUAG